AUGCAUUCCAACGUUUACGCUGGGCUGCUUUGCGCCCUGGCUGGCCAGUCUAUGGCCGUAGUCUGGGAGAGCUUGGCUGGAGGUGUCCCAAGCACUUGGUCGCUUCUUGAGAAGCCCUCUGCCGACUCGACUAUGGCUUUGUCCAUUGCUCUGAGUCGUCAGAACCUUGACCAACUGGAGUCUAAGCUCACCAAGCUUUCGACUCCUGGUCAGGACUCAUACGGACAGUGGUUGAGCAAGGACGAAAUUGACACACACUUCCCCAUUGUCGAUGACGCUCCAGUCCUGAGCUGGUUGAAGAACGCGGGCAUUUCUAACAUUGCCCGCGAUGGAGCCGUGGUAAACUUCACUAGUACCGUUGAGAAUGUUAGCAAGCUGCUUGACACAACGUUUGCGUACUACCAGAGUGGUGAUUCCGUCAAGCUUCGCACGACCGAAUACUCCAUCCCAAGCGACUUGGCCGAGCAUAUCGAUGUCAUCUCGCCCACCGUCUUCUUUGGCAAGACGCGUGGAGCUAUCCCGGUGCCAUCCAAGUCUCAAAAGAUCAAGGCUCGCAAAGCCUCGUCUACUGAGGUCUCUGCCUCGUGCCAGACAUCCAUUACCCCGUCGUGUUUGAAGGAGAUGUACAAUGUUGGCGACUACGUUCCUGAACCCUCCGCUGGCAGCCGCAUUGGAUUUGGCAGUUUUCUCAACCAGUCUGCUUCGUACGCCGAUCUGGCGCAGUAUGAACAGCUCUUUGAUAUUCCUUCUCAGACCUUCACUGUGGAACUUCUCAACGGCGGUGUGAACAACCAGAGUGCUAGCACGUCGGAUGUCGGAGAGGCCAACCUGGACGUGCAACUGAUUGUUGCUGUUGCCCACCCACUGCCUGUUCAUGAGUUCAUCACUGGCGGUGUUGCCCCAUUCAUCCCCGAUGCUGAUGAGCCUACUGCAUCUGACGACUCCAACGAGCCCUAUCUGAUCUACUACGAGUACUUGCUCUCGAAGGAGAACUCCGAGAUCCCCCAGGUUAUCUCCAACUCCUAUGGCGAUGAUGAGCAGACCGUCCCUGAGAAGUAUGCUCGCCGUGUUUGCAACUUGAUCGGUCUGAACACCCUGCGUGGACUGACUAUCAUCCACUCAUCCGGUGACGAGGGUGUUGGUUCCGCCUGCCAGGCUACCGACGGUGUUACCCCCCAGUUCAAUCCUAUCUUCCCGGCUACUUGCCCCUACGUUACUGCAGUUGGAGGCACCUCCGACGUGAGCCCUGAAGUUGCAUGGAAUGCCUCCUCCGGUGGUUUCUCCAACUACUUCUCCCGCGCCUGGUACCAAUACUCCGCCAUCGAGGAUUAUCUGGACCUGAUCAGCGACGAGACCAAGGAAUACUACGGCAAGUAUGCCGACUUUGAGGGCCGUGGAUUCCCCGAUGUUUCCGCCCACAGCUUGUAUCCCGACUACGAGGUGAUCUACACUGGCAAGAAGGCCCGCUCUGGUGGUACCUCCGCCGCUGCCCCCGUUUUCGCCGGUAUCAUUGGUCUUCUGAACGAUGCUCGCCUGCGUGCUGGCAAGUCGACCCUGGGCUUCUUGAACCCCUUCUUGUACGCGUAUGGGCACAAGGCGCUCAAUGAUAUCACUGGUGGAAGCUCCUACGGCUGUGGUGGCAUUGACCCUCAAAGCGAUAAGGCUGUUCCUGGCAGCCUUAUCAUCCCCGGUGCUUUCUGGAAUGCCACCGAGGGCUGGGAUCCAGUUACUGGUCUGGGUACCCCCGACUUCCAGAAGUUGAAGGAGUUGGUCCUGUCGCUGUAG